UAUAAGCGAUUUUCGUCACGUGACCCUUCGGAUGAGACAUCAAACGGGAUCCCCGGAAGCAAUAUUUUUGUAAAUUUCAAGUGAAAAUGACAGAAAAGGAGUUUAUUUUUGAUCCACACAAUAAAGUGGAUCACAUUUAUGGCUAUUACAUGUUCUUUGGAAGUAUUCUUUCAUUUGUUUUCCUCGAUAUCGUGGUCACCAAGAUUGGACCUCCGAAAAACGUGAAGGGUGACCCAUGGAGGUGGAACAAUUUGUUUAUUUCUUGGAUACAUGCAGCGAUAUGCGGCACUUGGGAUAUUCUUUGUUUAUACUUUUAUCCAGAGAUGUUGGAUGACCUAGUUCAUCAUAUUAACUACUUUACAUAUCUGAUGAUCGCCUUUUCUACAGGUUACUUUGUGUAUGAUUUCUUAGAUCUGUUGUAUAAUGGAAGGAUUGUAUCUAAUUGGGAAGUCACACUUCAUCAUAUAGCGGUUACCACAAUGUUCUGGUACAACUUCCAUGAAGAGAUGUGUAUAGGCUACAAUGUUGUCGCCAUGAUGGCAGAAAUUAACAGUUUCUUCCUGCAUUCCCGAAAGCUUCUGCAUUUAUUGAACUACAAAUUUGAUGACACGUUUUAUCGUAUAGUGUGUAUGGUGAAUCUGGUGUCAUUUGUUUUCUGCCGAGGCUGGUCGCUGUGGCGGAUUUCGUAUGGAAUGUACAUGGAAUAUCACAGGGUACCGCCAGUGUACUUUAAAGUUUUAUGUGCUUCUAUAUUUGUGAUGAAUUCUAUAAAUCCGAUACUGUUCUGGAGACUUUUGCGAAAUGAUGUAUUGCGAAAUCUGGCGCCAGAGAAAAAAUCAAAGAAACAGCUAGUGAAUGGAAACAACAAUAAGAAUGCUCAUAUAAAAUCAAAUUAGAUGUGUUUAAUCAUAGCGUAGUUUUAUCACCUGUUUUAGAUUACAUGCUAUCUAGUUGCUUUGUGCUGUUUAGUGUUUGUGUAGAGGGGUUGAAUCAGUUAAAAUGGCUCCUGGUGAAUUUUGGAUUCAAAAUCACUUUUCUACUUGCUUUUAUGGUUACUAACACUGAAAUGUUCAAAACACAAAUUUCUUUAGUUUAUGUCUUUUGUAAAAGUGUACAUUCUUCUAAAUCUAUGUAAUACAUAAUUAUAUAGACAGAUAUUUUCAAUGCAAAACUUAAUAUUUCUUCAAAAUUCAGAAAAUUAACACCUUGACCAGAAGUCCUGUUUAGAUUUUAUCUUUACUUUUUGUGGCAACAGUCAAGUCUUAUUAUGGGUUGUACACAGGAAUGCCAACACUUAGAGUCAUCUUGAAUAAUAUUAUACGAGAGAAAACCAAUGUGUAGUCAGAUCACUAUAGUUGUUUUUUUUUCUGCAUAAUAUCAUAUGCAUAUCAUGCACUUGGUUGGUGCAUAACAUGUACUUCAUUACCUUCUAUGCUUGGUUUGCUAUUGUGAAAUGUAUCAGAUAUGUCAGAUCAAGUUUAACUGAUUGAAUGAAAGUCGCUGUCUAAAUUCAGUUGUGUUCUGUGUAUGUACAAUAUAGACUUGUGCUGUGCAUUAUUUAAUAAUCAAGGUCUUCAUGUGGUUUGUCAUCUAAUUUAGCACGGUUCAGUGUUCAGAUGCAUAGGAAUUGAAUCACGAGGGUGUUAGCCCGAGUGGUUAAAUACUGAAGCAUCUGAACGGUGAACCAUGGUAAAAUAGAUGAUAAAUCACAAGAAGGCCUUGAUUGUUUUCAUUCUGGCAUGCUCAUUGGAAUAUUUUAAUAAAUAUUAUGCUGGACUUCAUUUACUCGAAGAGUACAUAAUAAACCGGACAUCAUGCGGCAGUUUGACGUUAUAAAUGGCAUCAAAAUGCUCUCUUACUGGUCGGCGUGUCAAUCGUUGUUUAUCGCAGAAUAUACAGAGCUUGAUCUCCUCCUUUGUUGAACUGGAAAUCAAAUUGAGCCAUCUUAGAAUGUGUAUUAUGCAUUCUGUUCGACAACAAUAGCAUUGUGAAUACUGUAUACAUACAUACAUAGGCAUGCUGCGGGUUACAUACGUAGGCAUUCUGAUCAUACUUUGACAGCUACUCAGCAACUAGAAGCAUCUUGUUCUGUGACAGAGUAUCUUUUUAUUAUUUUUCUAUUAUUAUUAUUUUUCACUUCAUUUUAGUUGUUUUGUAAAUAUUCGAUAUAGUGUAUAUUCCUCACCCAUCCACCAUUUUUUCGGGAAAAAAGGAUGUUAAUUAAGGUUUUGACUGAAUACCAGCACUAUGACAGUGCUAUUACUGUUCGUUUUCAUUUAUUCAAAAUUGUAUUUGUAGUUUGUAUGUACGAAAAAAAAAAAAAAAUUAGGGCCUUAAUAAAUGCCCCCUUUUGCAAAAUAUAACACUUGGAUUGCAUUGAAAAGGUAAUAUAUGGUAUAGAAUUGACAUCGUAGUAUAGAAAAGGGGUCGAGAUUUUAAUACUUCAUUAUGUAAAUGCAACUUCAGCAAGAAUAGAAAAAAAAUUUGUAAUUUAAAAAGAAUCCUGGCUGUAGUUAGUUUCAAGUUAAAGAAUAUUGCUUUAUGUUGAUUGAAUUUCCAAUCUAUGAUAUUCUAUUGUUAAUUUUGAGGUGAGUCCCUUACAAAUACUACAUUAUACAUUGUUAACUGCAGAAAUAAGAUUUCGAAUUGUUAUAUCAGUAUAUACUCUGGUAACGGAUGUAUUUCCCUAUAUUUAAUAUAAUGUUGUCAUGAUAUCAAACUCAUUUCUUUACUCGGACUUAAGAACUAUUGUACACUAUUUACAAGUGAUAAUGAAUAUGUUAUCAAAUGAAGGUUACUUUUAUAUGGAAAAAUAUGCACUCAUUCUUCUGCAAUUUAAUAUUGCUUUUCUAAAGUCGCACAAUAUUUCCACUGCAGAAUAUGUGCAUAUUUCUGAUACAGAUCUAAUAUUGUUACCUAUAAAUAUACAUGGAAAUCUGAUAUCAUAACACCUGCUUUAUUUUACCAUGUUAUAGGGUAACAGUUGUAAUUAUUACAUUAACUGAAUCCUUACAUAGAUUGAGUGUAUAGUUUGUACUGAUGGCAGUCUAUAGUUCAACACUAAAUGUUGUUGGACUGAUGAUAAAACUUGAAGAAAAAAAUUAUGAAUAUUUAAUCUGACGUCAUAUAAUAAAACACUUAUAGAAUGGCUUGCCAGUCUGUUGUCAAAACUAUUGCCCUCGUUCUGUCAGACAUUGGGUAAUAGUUUUGACUAUUAACCGGCAAGGCAUUCAAUUAUUGUACACUACAAAAUGUAUCUAUUUGUUUGGUUGACAAUUUGUAGUAUGGUUGUGACUUUAGGAAUUUAUUUAUUUGAUUAAAAUAUCGCCAGUUAAGUGACAGACUUAGCAUGCUUACUAAUUAUUUGGACUGAUCAUUCAUACAGUAUGAACAUUAUUUCUACCUUGAAAUAAUUUAUUUGUGUAAGCAUGAAGUUUCGUGGUUUCAGCCCGAGAGACAUACUUUGACAGAACGUAAAUUUAUGGAUUUCAGAUUGUAUAUAGGCUAAAUAUUUUUGAAGUUUUAUUUGUUCAUCAUUAAUUUCAAAGGUUGACAUAUAGCCAUGAAAUCCAUGACAACAGGUCCCUACAGAUAAUUAAUGGUUAUUUCACACUGUACUAUAACCUAAAAUUUUUUGGAUCUAUGUUUUGGAAUCAUACAGUUUGUCUAUAGCAUAGUUGCAUCAAAGUUCACACUUCGGCUCAGAAUUUGGUUCACAGGGCUAAAAAGGAAAGCCUUAAAACAUUUGCUUCUAAUAAGUGUGCAAUGGAUUUUCAUGGAACUGUCUAAGCCCCAAGAAGGUACUUUAUUGUAGUGCCCCACCUCAUCUGCAUCAAGAAGAAAAAUUAAUCUUUCUUUAACAUUGGUUUUUACAACCAGCAAGUCAUAGAUCUGAUGAAAAGUAGUUUAAAUAUAGCCAAUCUUGCAAAUCACUAAAAUCUAUCCUAGAUAGAAGUCAAAAUUUUGUGUUAUUAUAAUGUAUAGACUUUGGUAAGGAUAUCAUUUUUGAUAUGCUUAGGUAAUACUGUUUUGUAUUUCAAUUUUGAGUCACAUCUUAAUGUUGUUUCUUUUGUCGUUUUGUAAUGAUGAUUAUUGUUGUUGUUGUUUUUUCAGUACUGUAAUAUUGUUAAGCUUUGUUGCUAUGCUGUAAUGACAAGACUUUUAGCUCACCUGGGCAGAAAAAGCUCAAGUGGAGCUGUUGUGAUUGCUCUGGAUCCGUAUUCCUUCAUUAACAAUUUCUUGUUUAAACACUCCUGAGAUCACAAUUUUACUUCAAUUUAAAUGAAACUUGGUUAGAAUAUUACCCUCAGCAAAAUCUCAAACAACUUCAUUACUAGCAGUCUUUCAGAAAUCCCAUGUCUGAACCCUGGGGGGCUACCAGAAAAUUCUGUCUUGCUACUAAAUUUUUUUCAGAGCAGGCCUGCUGGGCUACCCUGAAAAUAUAUACCGAGUAGCCUGGAAAUCAAUACUCUAGUCUUCACUCAAGUUGCAACAUGAAGCAUAAGUUUGACAAUUACAGAUAACCCCCUUGUUUAUCAAGAGAUACAUGCUGGAGGCAGUAGUUAUUUUACCACCUAUUGACACAGUCAGCAAACAAUUAACCAUUUAAUCGUACUCAGAGGCAAUGUUUACUAAAACAUAUUGCUCGAGAGAUUUUAGACUGAUCCAUUGGCAUCAGAGUCACUGAUCCAUAUUGUUCAAAACAUAAUACAAACCAGUCUUAAAAUUACGUCAUUUCACAGCCACCUGCCAAACUGUUCUUUUGUCUGCUGAUGUCAAUAUUUAUCCAAUACUGAGUCAGAGGCAUUUGAUUACUAGUAACUUACUAGGUCAUCUUGGAUAAAAAAAACUAGAUCACCAGCUCAAUGUUAACAUUCUACAGUGCACAUUUUCUACCUCAUCUACAUAAAUCUUUGUCAGAAUUUUUUCUUAGGUCAGUUAGGAACUGAUUUUUUUAGGUCAGAAACUAGGUAUAAUAAUGGAAGAACUUUGUUAACACCCAAGAGGACACAUUUUCUGCUUGAUCUUAAUAAAACUUUAACAGGAUGUUUGCUUAUAUGAAGACUAGUUAAAAUUAACUCUGUUACAUGAGGUCUAAAAGUAGGUCAUUAGAUCAGAUAACAUAAAAACCUUGCAAACUCUCUAGAGGCCACAUAAUCUACUUGAUCAUCCUGGCUAGAAUGUUUGUCUCUAUGAAAUUAGGUAAUGUUUAAAACUGGGUUACAUGAGCUCAAUAACUAGGCCAGUAGGUUAAAUCAUAAAAAAACCUUAAGACUCUCCAAGCCACAUUUUCUGCUUGAUGUUAAAAUGUUUGUCUCGUUAUAUUCUAGACCAAGCUUGGAUGCAUUUUGAAAAAUAUCUUUUCAGAUAUUGAAUUUCUGAAAAUUGAUCCAUGGGUGACUCACUACUGAAUAAAUGAAUUGUGUUAAUUUGCUAAAAACCAUUGCCCCAGUGAAACAUCUGUUUUGUAAAACUCAGGUGAGUUGUCUAGGGCUGUUAAGGCCCCCUUGUUUCUUGUGUAGAUCUGAGCUUCUUUGUAAAUAAAAUGUCAGCCGCGUUUUUUUAUUUCAUCACAAGUUUUACAAGAUCAGCUUUUAUGUAAUCUCAAAAUAAGCUUCAUACAUGAGCUUAGUAUUUAUAUAGGGUCAGGGGUGCUUAUGUAAGAUCAUAUUUGAUAGUGAAAGCAAUAUUUAUUUGAAAUACCUGGAAAAAAAUAUUAAGGAGUGGUCGCAGUUUUUGGACGUACAGUAUGUGCUUUCAUGACACUUUCUAAAUGCUAGUAACUGUUGUCUUUCUGCUUUUCAUGCUUGUAUCAGUGUGAAAAAUUGUUUCUUGCUUAAAAGAUCAGUGCUUAAUGUUAAGUUAUAAAGGAGUAUUAGUCACUGUGUUACCAUUCUCAUUUUCUUUAUUUUUCUUGGUUGAAACACUCCUUAUUCAAUUUGUACAGUCUCAGUAAGAUUUGUGAAGAUUUUAGUUUUUGCUCUCGACUUUUUAUAUCGUAUCACAAAUACAGAAAUGUAUAUGGUUUUAUUGAGACAGUUUUGGAACAAGAAUUUUUUUACUUUAAUUUAUUUUGAAUAUUAGUUUCUUUAAAUAAUACUCUUAGUUUUAGACAAUAAUAUGUUGUGUAUACAAAUAUAUCUUGAACAAACAAAUGUAAAGAAUUAAGUAGUGUCUGCUUGUUGAACUCGAAAAGGGUAAAUUUUGGAAGACUAUCCUACUUCCAGAUACUAUCCCAAACUGCUUUCAUAUGGUUUACUUAAAUUUUUAAUUUUCACCAGUUAUGUAGUAUCUUUUGAAAGCUAUUGGUAGUUAAUGAGACAUAUACAUAAUGCUUCACUUUGUUUAAGGCUCUUGAACUCCAAAUAUUGCACCAGCUUUCACAUUUCUUUCACCAUGAUAAUGAAAUGUUUUCAUCAUAAAGAAGUUCAAGGUCUGGCUUAACUACGUAUAAAUACAGUCUAAUUCUUCACAUAAUUGCUGAUAGACAUAUAUUUAUAAUAUUAACUGUACUGGUGCUUUUUAAAGGCAAGAAGAUUUGUUUGAAAUAUUGUCAUUCCCCAAAAUGAGGUUUUAUAUUAAUGGUUGCUAGCAUUCUGUGUCUUUAAUAAUUUGUGGUUCAUAGUUUGUCUGUAGUAAUUUUUUAAGUUUUAACUAGUGUCUUUGAUACCUUGACACUAGUACGUUUGGUACCUUGACACUAGUACAUUUGAUACCUUGACACUAAUACUUUUGAUACCUUGACACUAGUACAUUUGAUACCUUGACACUGAUACAUUUGAUACCUUGACACUGAUACAUUUGAUACCUUGACACUAUUACAUUUGAUACCUUGACACUAGUACAUUUGGUACCUUGACACUAGUACAUUUGGUACCUUGACACUAAUACAUUUGAUACCUUGACAUUAAUACAUUUGAUACCUUGACACUAGUACAUUUGAUACCUUGACACUAGUACAUUUGAUACCUUGACACUAAUACAUUUGAUACCUUGACACUAAUACGUUUGAUACCUUGACACUAGUACAUUUGAUACCUUGACACUGAUACAUUUGAUACCUUGACACUAGAACAUUUGAUACCUUGACACUAGUACAUUUGGUACCUUGACACUAAUACAUUUGAUACCUUACACUAAUACAUUUGAUACCUUGACACUAGUACAUUUGAUACCUUGACACUAGUACAUUUGAUACCUUGACACUAGUACAUUUGAUACCUUGACACUGAUACAUUUGCUACCUUGACACUAGUACAUUUGAUACCUUGACACUGAUACAUUUGAUACCUUGACACUAAUACAUUUGAUACCUUGACACUAGUACAUUUGAUACCUUGACGCUGAUACUUUUGAUACCUUGACACUAGUACAUUUGAUACCUUGACACUAGUACAUUUGCUACCUUGACACUAGUACAUUUGAUACAUAGACAAUGAUACAUUUGAUACCUUGACACUGAUACAUUUGAUACCUUGACACUAGUACAUUUGAUACCUUGACAGUGAUACAUUUGAUACCUUGACACUGAUACAUUUGAUAUCUUGACACUGAUACAUUUGAUACCUUGACACUGAUACAUUUGAUACCUUGACACGGAUACAUUUGAUACCUUGACACUAGUACAUUUGAUACCUUGACACUAGUACAUUUGAUAUCUGAAAUACCUGGAUACUAGUACUAUAUAGUAUAGAAUACAUCUCACCUUAAAGAAGGAAAAUUCCACAUUUUCACUUGGUCUAUGCACAGGAGAAAAUAUUUGAAAUUUUCUCACUUCUCAGUGAUAUGUAUAUUCUAUAUUCACUCGAAACAAACAAAUUUCCUCUAUACCGGUAUAUUGCAAUGAUAAUCAUGCUACCUAUGAAUGCAAUUAAGCUAUAUAUACAAUAACUUAAAACUUAUGCCUGGGUUCUACAAUUGUUUAAAAUUGCUUUAUUUAUUCAGUUCAGGGUGAGCUGUUAGUGUAGGUGGAUGGUCCAGUGUACAUUGUUCUUUGUCCAUUGUCCACAAUUUGUAUGGACAUCUUCAACUUUGUUUGUAGCAUCCUGGAAAGAUUCUAUUACAAAUUUGUUCAAGUGAGGACACUUGGUCCCCAUUUAGGGGCCUAGAGUUAGAAGUACUUUUAAACAUCUUUAUUAAAUUUUGUCUUUAAUAACAUUAUAAGGUCCUCUCUCAGUUUUGUUCAAAUGGGGGCAUUGAGCCUGCUUUAAGAGGCCAUUAAAGCUAAAUAUAGAAAUGCCUUUGAAAAACUUCUCAUGAACUGCUUGAUAGAUUUUUAUCAAGUUUUGUCUGUUUUAUCACUUUGAGAGCCUCUCCCAGGAUUCCUCAAGGGGACAGUUGGCCCUGUUUAGGGUUCACAAGACCUUAAAGAACAAAAAAACUUUUAACAACUUCUUCUCAUAAACUGCUUGAUGGAUCUUCAUCAAACUUUGUUCAAAUGAGGACACUGAACGUUUUAUUGUGGCCACUGGCACUAAAUAUAGAAAACCCUUCAAACAACUUGGUGCCUUUAAGGGGUCAGAAGAGCUGAUAAUAGAAAUAUCUCUAAAUGACAUUUUCCUGUGACUCACUUGUCAAUGAAAGAUUUACAUUAAACUUGGUCCAUUGCAUCAUUGUAAAGUCCUCUCUCAGAUUUGUUUAGAUAGGGGCAUUUGACAUGUGUUAUGUUUUAACUUGUGAUUCAGUGUGUCAUACACAUAUUCAAGCUCAAAUAGUUUAGUUCAGGUGAGUGACUUAGGUCCACCAUGAUCUUCAUUUAUCAGAAUAAAUCAUCUUUCUUAGAUGUUAAUUUUAUAUUUAAAUUAGUGCAGCACGUCAUUUCAUUAUGGGGAAUAUUUUAGUCAAGUACUUCAGAAUUCUCCCUUGACCAGGAUGGCAGAGUUAUGGACCAGACACAAAGUGUUACGGAUGGAUGGAUGGAACGACAGAUCUGAAACAAUAUAGCCCAUUUUUAUACUCCCCCAUUUUUUCUUCAAAAAGGCAGGGGCCAGUUAUACUUGCCAAUGUCAGUUUUAGGUAUCACAUUGUAGAUUCAGACUUAGAUUUUUGUGAUAAGGUACCGUAGAUACCCAUGUAUAAUGCGCAGUUCUUUGACCCCCGGGACCACCACCGAAUUGUGGGUGCGCAUAAUACACAGGUAUAGACAAAUUUCCAACUUCAAAACAAGUUUGUUACCGAUGUUCGCCAUUUUGGUAAAGGGAAACUACUCCCCGCGCUUACUGUCACCGCUAAAAUCUAAGAUUGCUGUUAGGUUCCGUAAAAGAUCGAAUGGUUUAUUUUUCUUUCAAACAAAAUUAAUUUCAUAUUAAUUUAAAAGUAUUUUGAUGAAAGAAAUGUUAAUAAAUCACAAAAAUUAUGAUACUAAUUAAAGAUCGAGAAUUAUCUUUAACCGAGAUCAAACUGUGAACAACAUAAUUGACAUGAGGUGACACGUUAAUUGCCGGUAAUUACUGGCUAUUUAAUCGUGACAAAAAGACUAUCACACCUUUUGUUAUUGGUUUGAAUUGAGAAGCUCAUGUCAUUUUGAAAGAUACCAUUCUGAAAUAUUGAAUCAGCUGCUGUUUAUUUAUUCAAAAUAGUUAAUUAAAAAGGUAAAACAACAACUAAAACAGUAUUUUACUGGUUUUAUUUUCGAGAAAACAAAAAUCGAUAGUACCGCGAGACCAAUGCUGCUCUCUGCCGCGGAAAUAAAAUUUAUUACUGGUGUCGAUGUAAACUCUACUUUUGUUUUCCAUACACCUCAAAAUUGACCAAAAAUGUUUUUUUCCCAGGAUUUUGGGCCAAAAUCGGGUGUGCGCAUUAUACACGGGUGCGCAUUUUACAUGGGUAUCUACGGUACUUAACUUCUAUACUGUAACCAUUAUGUACAAGAGGCAUUAAUUAAUCCCCACCAUGUGUGAACAAUGUUUUAUGUGUAUAAUCUGCCAUUGUGACCAUCUGUACUAAGCUACCAUUUGCUUUAAGUAGCAAGUCAUUUGAUUUCCUAGAAAAAGCCACCUGCCUUAAGCAGCCAGCUUGUGCUGCUCCCUUGACUUACUGUAAAAGCAAGGGUUUAAUUUUUGCUCUAUUCUCGAGGUCCCUCACCUGGCAAUCAAUACUCCUCGCGUAAAUAAUAACCAUUAGUAUCAGACAGAUCAAGUAAACCUCUUUUUUACACAAACCUCCAAGAUAUCAAAUGGAAACGACCAUAUGUACAAAAAUUGGCUACCGUAAUAACUAUAGGACAGUAUAAUUUUAAGACGAACAGAUCAAACCACAUCACUGUUUAAUUUAGAAUGAUAUGAUAACUUUUGUGAUUGCAGUGUGUUUAAUUAAACAAACAUCGGCAUCUCUACCCCAGGAAUAAAGUUACAUGUAAAGCUGUGUUUGUUACAGGUAUUGAGUCGUCGAGUUUACAAGUAAUUAGAGGUGUUAAAACAACCAUACAAUUAAUAGCUGUCAGUCUUUACAGUAGAUGCUUUACAAUGUGAAACUUUUAUGUACACCCGACAUAAAAAGCCCAUACCAGCAGAUUGAUUUUUUUGUUAGUUUUGCAAAUACAAAACCAUGCGAACGUACUCAGUAUAUCAAAUUUGCGAAAUUUUGACCCAGCGAAAAUACAUGCUUUUACAGUACUGCUAAAUAUUGCUUUGACUGUAGUUUUUAGCUCACCUGUCACAUAGUGACAAGGUGAGCUUUUGUGAUCACCCUUCGUCUGUAGUCCGUCGUCAGUCCGUCCGUGCGUCCUUCCGUCAGUGUGCGUCCGUCAACAAUUUCUUGUCUGCACGAUAGUGGUUUCAUUUAUGAUUUUAUUUUAACCAAACUUGCACACAACUUGUAUCACCAUAAGAUCUCGGUUCCUUUCUUGAACUGUCCAGAUCCCAUUAUGGGUUCCAGAGUUAUGGCCCCUGAAAGGGCCAAAAUUAGCUAUUUUGACCUUGUCUGCACAAUAGCAGCUUUAUUUAUGAUUUGAUUUUUACCAAACUGGCACACAACUUGUAUCACCAUAAGACCUUGGUUCCUGUCUUGAACUGGCCAGAUUCCAUUAUGGGUUCCAGAGUUAUGGCCCCUGAAAGGGCCAGAAUUAGCUAUUUUGACCUUGUCUGCACAAUAGCAGCUUCAUUUAUGAUUUGAUUUUAACCAAACUUGCACACAACUUGUAUCACCAUAAGAUCUUGGUUCCUUUCUUGAACUGGCGAGAUUCCAUUAUGGGUUCCAGGGUGAUGGGCCCUGAAAGGGCCAGAAUUAGCUAUUUUGACCUUGUCUGCACAAUAGCAGCUUCAUUGAUGAUUUGAAUUUAAUCAAACUUGCACAAAACUUGUGUCACCAUUAGGUCUUGGUUCUUUUGUCGAACCGGCCAGAUCCCAUAAUGGGUUCCAGAGUUAUGGCCCCUGAAAGGGCCAAGAUUGGCUAUUUUGACCUUGUCGGCACAAUAGCAGCUUCAUUUACGAUUUGAUUUUAACCAAACUUGCACACACUAUGUAUCACCACAAGAUCUUGCUUCCUUUCUUGAACUGGCUAGAUUCCAUCAUGGGUUCCAGAGUUAUGGCCCCUUAAAGGUCCAAAAUUGGCUAUUUUGGUUGGUUUUUGCAGCCAUACAGACUUCAUUUACGGUUUUAUUUGAUACAAACUUCCAAAAUAUCUUCAACAACAAUAAAUCUUGAAUUCCAUGACAAAUCAGAUCCAAUCGUAGGUUCCAGAGAUAUUUUAUAUCUGAUUACCUCCCCUGAUUGUAAUCAAAAUGGAUUUAUAUCAGUUAGUACUUAUAGGACUUAUUUGAAAUUUCAUUAUUGUCAUUAGUUGGACUGAGCCAAUCAGGGUAGAUAACUAUGGACUGAUUUUAUGUCAAAUUACCUCCCUUUAUUUCAAAUUAAAAUGGGUAUAUCUCCGUAACUAAUGAAGAUACUGAUCGAAAAUUUCAUUUAUGUCAACAGAUUUAUUUGGCAGAUCCUUCUUUUGUUCACUUACAAUAAUUUUGAUUACUUCCCUUUUACGUUUCUAUAAAUAGCUUAUUUUUAGUAACUUUUUUAUUAUUGGCCGUAGGGAAAAACCGAGAUCACUUUUCUGUGGUACAAUAUGGAUGGUACCUCCAAUUUUUUAGGUGUAUUUUGACAUAUCUGUACCUUGUAAGAAUUUUUUUUUUGGUUAAAUUUCUUCCCUUUGUUGUUACUGUUCUUCGACUUAGAUAUUUUUUCUGAGGCCCUUCUUGUUCUCAAGUGCAAUGAUAACAGGUGAGCGAUAUAGGGCCAUCAUGGCCCUCUUGUCAUAAUAUUGUUAUCAUAAUUGUACAUAAUUGUUGAUUUGGUAUAAAUAUAUUUUAUUACUUGUAAA